CCGGUAGCGGUGGCGUAGUGGUAAGCGCUCCGAGGCGACUUCCAAAAAUGCGGGAUUGGUCACUUUUUGGAGGUGGUAGGUUCGAUUCACAUCGCCGGCACCACAUUUACCACAACAAUGGGAUUCGUUCCCACAAAAGUACUCAACCCUUCUCUUUAUGGCAAGGUGGAGAGGAAGAGAAACGAUCACAGGCCUCGGCGAAGCUCCAAAUUCGUCAGGAAAGCAAUAGUUUACAGCAAAGACAUGUAUUUAGAGAGAUAGCUCCAUAGUGGAUACCUGCAUAUCGCCUAAGCGAGGGGUCAGCGUAUGAAUAUACUACUACUACUACUACUCUGACCCGAUUAGACUCUAUGUUACCGACCCUAGGUCUCGCCACUAAAUCCUUGGGUAGUAUCAGUGUGCUUAGUAUAUUUUUCGAAAAUGGAGUACCUCUGACAGUCCGAGAAAAUGCAUCAACAGAAGGCAACUAAAUCAUAGUGGGAUAUUUGAUCAUGAACCGAAAAGUUGAAAAGGGA